AUGGAUCCAAAUAUCCCUGUUGCGCCUGCGCUUCAAAGCAACCGUAUCUCUCAUAAUAUAUUUGUGACCCGUUAUGUACGGAUGGUGGUUGAAUCAGACCAAAUUCCCUGGAAACAUAACGUUCUCGCAAGCGCCGCUCAUUGGGUCCUACUUGCGGGUUACCUUGUGAUUCCAGGCACGUUCACAUCUCUCCAGAAAUCAGACUCACUCAACGGCACCUUAGGGAGCAGUGAAGCGGGGGAAGUUAUCUUAAAAACCAUCCAGAACCCUCCUCUGCUUGCAAUGGCAUGCGUGCUUUUCUUACUGGGAUCAAUGGCCAUGGGAUGGUUAUUCUGGAAAUACAGAGAUAAUUACAUCUGGCUUCUUAAUCGACUUUUUCUACCGACCCUACUGAACGCUUUAGCCGGCCUGCUUACCACAUUCAUCAAUAUCUAUACGGCACACCACGGCGACUGGUCGAUUAUGGCUCUUCUCACUGUUAUUGCCUCUGGACUGUCUGUAGCCUCUUCCUCCGGAUUGGUUAUCAUAUACAAGUUUAGAAAAUUGGAGAAGGUGAAACAGGAACAUUGGCAGGCCACAAGUGUUCGCAAUCGUGGACUCUAA